AUUGCUCUAGUCGUGUCGUCGUUGUCUCGGGCUGAGUUACUGGGUGGGCAAGUAAUUUUUCGAAUUAAAAUCUUUUCACAUUGAUCAAUUGCUUUAUGAUAUAACAACAACAACUACAAAACGUUAACACUGAGGCUGCGCUUCCGACGCAAGCCUUUCUUUGGAGGACUAAAACAAACAAAAAACCGAAAAGACUGAAACGCAACGAUUUCUAAUCACUCUCAAAGACUACAAAAACACAAACACACAUCCACAAAAGUAACCAUCACAGCCGUAGAGGGAAAAAUACGCUCGAUUGACAUACUACCACAUAUACAUACGUACAAUAAUAAAGUGUGCCAAAGCCAGCCCGCCGUCCAGUGCAGUCCAGCUGAGGAGGAAUUAGCAUAAAACCAAAAAACCGAAUUUGUAGAAAACAGAAGAAAACAGAAAGAAGAGCAAACAAAAUAACCAAUUGGCUUCGUUGGCGCUCGACUGCUGCGCUGCUUGGCGACUGUCUGCGUGUGUGUGUGUGGUACAUAUUUGAUAUUUGAUGCACAAGGGGCGUGCGGAGGCACGAGCGGUUUUUCCGAGUUACGCUUUGGACAACGACGACGACAACCGAUAAUAGAAAAAGAAAAUCAUCAAUACUAUAUACAUAGUUGAUGUUGAUGAUGAACGGCAAGCCGCCAAUGAACAAUAGCGGCGGCGGCGCAUCCAGCGUUGAUUUAUACAUCACGCACCUGGAUCAUGUGGGACCCUACCUCAAGAUCUAUGGCCAGGCGAACCGGGAUGCGGCGUUCCUGGUGAGCAAACGCAUCGAGACACUGCUGCCCAGCUUCUUUUCCAUCGAUCCGAGCUGGUCAAACGAACGCCAACAGGCGCUUGUUAUCCCGGGCACCGUCUGUGUGCUGAAGCAGACAAAUGGCGCCGCACCCGGCGAUGUGGAAUACAUGCGAACGUGUGUGCUCAGCUCUGCCAUCGAUGGCAGCAAUCGCAGUCAGAUGCGUGUCGAGAUUGAGUUCAUCGAUUACGGCUACAAGCGUAACGUGAGCAGUCUCGAUCUGCUCUUCUCGAAACAGCCAAAGCUGCUGUUGAAUGUGCCAGUUCUGAACUCACACUACAUUGUGCUCGGCAUUUGCUCGGAAUGGGAUGACAGCGAGCUGAAUGUGGUGCGACAGCUGAUUGUAAAUCAUGUGGUCAGCAUCGAGGUGAACCCCACACCGAUAUGCGAUCAAAAGUUUGCCAGCGUACGCUGGAAAGACUUUGAGCUCAACGAAUUUCUGGUGCAGCAGAAACAAAUUGGCGCACCCAUCGCCAAUGAUCUGAUCAUGGAUCACUGCAAGAAACUGUGGAAGGCGCAAUCGCCACAGUCUCCUAUUGUGGAGUACAACAAUAAUAAUAUACUGGGCAGUGGCAGCGCCGCCAAAACGCCAACGGAUGUGGCACGUGAGCAGCUUGCGGCACGCUUCUCGCUUGCUGCACGCUUGGAUGUGCAUCGCACGCUUAACUCAACGCCACCGCGACCGCUAAAAGCGACGCCGGUCAACGAUUAUACGCCAUCCAAGCAACAACAGCAGGAGCAACAGCCGCUGCCCACUCAGAUUCAGCCAACACCGCUGGCGAAUUUGACUAAUGUGCAGCCAGCUGGUCAUCUGUUGAAUGCUCAGAAGCCCGCCUACGCGGCACCACAUCAAUUCAACCAACAACGUGCCAAUAACUUUCAAUCUUCCGAUACAACGUCGGGCCUCUUGCCCACGCACAAUGUCUUCACGCCCAAGACGAGUCCCCGACCACUCAAUCUUUACUACAAUGUGCGUCUCAAUAACCCAAUGCAGCCACCGAUGGUGCACAUACCCAAGCAGCCAUCACUAAGCUAUGCGCCCGCACGUUAUGCACUUGCGCAGCCAUCAACACCCGCAGCUGGAGCUGCCCAGAAGGCGGCGAUUCAGCAGCAGCCGCUGAUUCCGGCUUUUCGCACCACCAUGCUGACGGUGGGUUUAACCUACGAUGUCUAUGUGAGCUUCGUGGAGAAUGGCCCGCAUUUGUUUUGGGUGCAAUUGAAGAGUGCCAGCAACGAUCUGAAUGCCAUGAUGGGCCAGAUCGAGCAUAUGCGGCUGCAGGGUCUCAGCCAGUAUCCGGGAGUAGGAACCGCUUGUGUGGCGCGAUUCUCCGAGGAUGGUAAUUGCUAUCGUGCCUUAGUCAGCGCUGUCUACGGACAGCGCUAUCGUGUUGUCUAUGUCGAUUAUGGCAACUCGGAGUUGGUCUCGCUCUCGGAUCUGUAUACGAUACCCCAGGAGUUGCUUAAGAUUAAACCAUUUGCCUUCCGUUUUGCGCUGGCCGGCGCCAAAGAGCUGGGUGCUCUCGAUGAGAGCAUGAAGCGCAUCUUCAAGAACUCAACUUUGUACAUCAACUUCCAGCUGACAGUGCAGGCGGCCGAGAGCGUUGGCUCCAUGCAAACUUGCCAGCUGCUGCACAAUGGCAACAGCAUGCUGGAUGUGCUUAAGAAGCUGAAGAAUUCUCGCCAGGCUUACGCCAAGGCGGAUCAGCUGCAGGACGACGAUGCCGUCGAAAUACGAUACAUUGAUUCGCCGAGCAACUUUUAUGUGCAGAAAGUGAACAAUAUUAAGCAAUUCGAACAGUUGAUGGAUGAAAUGUUCGCCUACUACAAUACCAAUCAAAAGGUGCCCGAGCAACUGGUGCUGGGUGCUCCUUGCGUUGUCAAAUGUGAUCGAGAGUGGUACAGAGCCGAGCUGCUGCGUGUGAAUGAUGCGACAAUCAUUGUACGUCACGUGGACUUUGGCUAUGAGCAGCAUGUGAAACGUCAUUUGAUUGGCAACAUUGCUGAGAAACAUCUGGUGAUGCCGCGUCAGGCGAUUAAGUGCUGCCUGAAGGGUUUCGAGAACAGUGAACUGAGCAAGGACAAGAUAACGGAUCAGUUCGAAAUGCUCGCCGAGGAAUCGAACAUCAGGCGACGCACGUUUAGUGUGCGUGUCUUUCGCAUUGAACCCGAUGGCGUUAAUGUGGUCAAUCUGCUCGCUAAGAAUCUGAAUGUAAUGAAGAAACUCUACAAACUGUCCAUGCCCUUUGAGCAGUAUCUGUCACUGGAGAAGGGACAGUUCAAUGCGAAUGUGACGCGUGCCGAGUCAAUAGCAUCCGAUGUGGUGCCUCAGCAGCUGCAAAAAGGCGAAGUGCUCAACUCAACCACCGUAGAGAGUGAGGAUCGCAUGCAGAUGCAGAAGCAGGCACGCGGUAAGAAUGUGAAUAUCAAUGCCAAUGACUGGGACAAGCAUAGCUCUGCCUCGGCAACCAGUUCCAAGGAUACUCAAUCACAACAGAGCGGCUCGAGGCGUUCGCAACAACAACAACAGCAGCAACAGCAACAUCCGCGUGGUGAGCGCUAUGCGCCGCCAGAACAUUUGGUUAGACGCAGUCGUGAUAAUCAUUUGGACUCGAGCUUCGAUACGCGCAGCACCAGUAGCUACACCAGCGGAAUGAGUUCGCCACGUAAGGCAAAUCGCCAGAAUGGACGCAAUCGAACGGAGUCGCCGCGUUUGCAGAAUGGCAAACAGGAGGCGAACAAAAAUACUCGCUUUAGCAACAAUCAAUCGCCACGCAAGGAACAAAAUCAACAGCAAUCGCAACGCAAUUCGACAAAUCAACGCUCUCAAAAUGCACCACAAGGCUAUGGACAGAAGCCACUGCGUCAAAAGUCCACGCUGGACGGCACCGCAAUCAGCUCGAAGCGUUCUAGUGGCGUGGAGAGCGAUGCUCCAUCGAGUGUGGAAGUCACAUUGCCAAAGCCUAUGCCUGAGCCGGAAAAAUAUGUGCCAUUGGACAAGGCAUUUGCGGUGCAUGACAUUAAAACACCCACCAAGGAGGCAGCCAGUCUGUCGUGGUGGGUGUCGCCAUUCCAGUUCUACGUAGUGCCAAAAAGCCUCGCGUCCAAAUACGAUAAUCUGUUGCGCGAGAUGCGUCAGUUCUAUCGCCAGAAACCACAUCAACCGCUGCAGCUGAAGGUCAACUCCAGUGUGGUGGUGCGACAGCGCAAGGAUAAUGCCAUAUUGCGUGGCACAGUCAUCCAAUGCAACCACAUGUUGCGCAAGUAUCGCAUCUUUUGCGUGGACACGGGAAAUGUGCUGACUGUGACCUCUGAGGAUGUCUGGCAGGUGGAGCAGCGUUUCGCUGAGCCGCCUUGUUUGGCUCAACGUUGUAGCUUUGACAAAGUGGUGACCAACUAUGAUCACUUGUAUAUUGUGGAUCGCAUGGAGAAAUAUGUGCCAGUUAACGCCAAGGUGGAGUGCGAAUUCAGCGCCAAACAGCAGUUGAACAACAACAGCACCUACAUUGUCAAGAUGCUGGUGAAUGGCGCUUCGCUGCGUGACACUCUGAUUAAUGCUCAAUUUCUAACCGAGGUGGCAGAGCAGGUGCGUGUUAGCCUUUUGGCUGGCCAGCAGGUACGCGGCAAAUUCACUUCUAUCAGGGACAUGACCAACUUUAAGAUACAGCUGGAGUGCUAUAAGGAUGUUAACUUCUUGUGCAGCUACGACGAUGCCAAGUUUGUCAAGUCGAACAAGGAUUUGGCCAAGCCUUUCAAGGAGCACUACGAGGGCAAAUCAUAUGCGCUGAAUAUCAAACAUGUCUGCGAGAACAACAUUAUUCACUUGCGUCCUGUGAUGCCGCUGCUUAAGGAGGAUCGCAGCGCCUUUGUCUGCGGCUAUCCUGUGCUGGUGAACAGCUUUAAGGCACUUGUUGUCUACACCGCAAAGUCGUAUCGAAUCUUUGUGCAACCUAGUGCUGAGGAGACUCACAUGAAGAAGCUCUUGGAUGACAUGUAUGAGUUCUAUAACAAGAAGGGCAAACAAUUGCGCAAAUUUGAGAAGGAUCAAAUCUGUGCAGCACUCAGCUCCGAUGGCAAUUGGUAUAGGGCACGCAUUGUGGCCAAGGAUGCCAAGGGAGCGCGCAUUGAUGUUGUCUACUUGGACUACGGCAACUCGGAGCAGUUGCCACGCGAUCAGCUCAAGCAGCUGGAGGAGAAGUUCUUUGUCAAUCGCAGCUGCUAUGCUGUGGAGAUUAAUUUGCCAUUUGGACGCAUUCACAACGACGAGAAGCUCAAGACACGCUUGUCGAAACUGUUGGACGAGCAGGUGGUCACAGUGAAACCGAUUGAGACGCGUCGCAGUCAUCUCAUUGCUGACGUAUUGCUUGCCAAUGGCAAAGACAGCGUUGUGGACACUUUGAAGGCGGAGAAAUUAAUUGCUGGCCGUGAUAUUGAUUAUAUGCGCAAGCAAUUGGACAAGGAGAAGCCUCACAUUUACGAGUACAUUGAGUGCGUUGAUCUGACCACCGAUGAUGAUGAAGAGCUGCAGCAACGCAAACAAGGCGGCAAAUCGAACUCGACAAACAGCUCGCCCAAGCCAAAGAAGCAGCCACAAGAGCCAAAGGAACCAAAAGAGCCGAAGCAGCGCAACAAGCAAGCAGAAGCUGUGGCGCCACCAGCAGCACCAGCUGUGGAGAAACCCGUGACUCCAACGCCAGUUGUCGAGCCCAAACCAAAGGUUGAAGAGAAGCCAGCGGUAGCUGCGCCAGUGGCAGCUCCUAUUGUGGCUCCAGAGGAACCGCAACCAGCUCCUGUACCAACUCCAGUUAUCGAAGAACCCGUUGCAGUGACACCUCCACCAGCUGUCGUUGCUGCACCUGUUGUGCCUGUUCCAGAUCCCUACAAGGAUAUGGAGACUGCUGUACUGAGUCACUGCGAUAAUCCAGCUCACUUCUAUGUGCAUCCCAUGGAUGCGCUACCAAAACUUAAGCGUCUCACCGAGAAUCUGCAGAUUGUUUCACCUUCACUGCCUCAGCUCAUGGACGUAGUCAACGGCGCUGACUGCAUCUCCAUGUACUCCAUGGACAAGUCCUGGUAUCGCGCCAAGAUUAUCGAUGCGGAGCUGAUGGUGCUGCAGUUUAUUGAUUUUGGCAACACGGAUUGCGUCUCGGAUGCCAAGGAGAUUAAACAGAGCAUGUGUUCGUCCACUGAUCCUUUCUGUCUGCCUUUUUGCAGCCCAUUGCACCGAAUGGCAAAUUGGGAUUGGGCCGAUGCAGCCAAUGGCAUCUUCAAUGAUUCCUACGAGAAGAUCUUGCACUAUGAAUAUUUGACACGCGGCGACUACCAGAUUACCAGCUAUGUUAAUCUCUACAUCGAGGGCGUGGAUGUGGCCAAGAAACUCAUUGCCGAUGGCUACGCCAAGCAGCUGGAUUACGUUGCCAGCGGCAGCAGCUGUUAUAUCUCGCAUGUGAACAGCAUCAGUGAUUUUUACAUUCAGCUGGAGAGCGACUCAAAGGCAUUAGAGCUCAUCGAGCUGUAUUUGGGCGAUGCGGAGCAGCAACUGCAGCCGUUGCAACGCUUUGAGAAGAGCAGCAUUGUGGCUGCGCUCUUCGAUGAUGACGGAUUGUUCUACAGGGCAGAGCUGCUACGUCAGCUGCCUGAUGCACGUUACGAAGUGCGUUUCAUUGACUAUGGAAACACUUCCACUACAGCCAAGUGUCUGCUGCUCUCAGAGGAGAUUGCUAAGGUGCCCAGUCUAUCAAAGAGAUGCACGCUGCAGUUGCCAGAGGAUUAUGUGGCCUGGUCUAAAGAGGCAGAGGCCAAAUUUGCCGAAUUGACAGGCGAAGGCGAAUUAGUUUUCACCACUCAGCUGUUGAAACCUGGAUUGGAGCAUAUCACCAUACAUCUGCUGUUGGAUGAGGACAAUGUGUUGGAUCAAUUGCUCCCACUAUGCACACAGAAGCAGCCCAAGCCCACGCCGGAACCUGUUGUAGAGGCAAGCGUAGAGAGCGAAGUUGGAUCAAGCAAUGUUAUGGCCAUUGUCACACAUGUGAACAGCCCCCUGAACUUCUAUCUGCAGCUGGAGACAAACAAUGCGCUCAUAGACAGCACAAGCGAACAGCUGAAUGGCGAGCAGACCAAUCUGCAACCCAUCAAGGGUAUUGCUCAGGUGGGUGAGCUGUAUGUGGCCCAAUUCGCGGAUGACAACGAGUUCUAUCGUGCACGCAUCUUGGAGCAGCUGCCAACGAAGCAAUCGCUGCAGUAUCGCGUGCUCUUUAUUGAUUACGGUAAUCAGGCGCUUGUAGAUAAACUGUUCGAGUUGCCUACCGAGCUGGCUCAGCUGAAGCCGCUGGCAGAACAGCAUUCCUUGGAAUCGUGUGCCAAUUUCAUUAAGUAUCCCAAGGAAUCACGCGAGGCGCUGGACGCCCUCAUCGACAGCUGCAGCGGCGAAGUCGCUGUCGAGUUUGUCAAUAAAUCAGCUCAGCCGCCAGUGGUUAAGCUGAAGACGAUGGAUAAAAAUGCUCUCAAUAUACACGAUCAGCUGCAGAAGCUGUUGGAGGCAGAGCUGCAGAAACCGAAGCCUGAGGAUAAGAAGUGUAUCAUCUCGCACGCCAAUUCACCCAAGAGUUUCUAUGUGCAGCUCAAGAAGCGAUCCGCUGAGCUGGAUCACAUUGUAAAGACACUGCAAAGCCAGGCAAAGGAGCUGAAAAAGCUAGAGGAUCCCAAGGAGAAGGUGAAUGGUGCUUGCUACUCCCAGGAGGAUGAUUGCUACUAUCGCUGCAGCAUCAAGACGUUGCUGGGCGAGGACAAGGGCUUCGAGGUGUUCCUCAUUGAUUAUGGCAACACUUUAGUCACCCCGCAGAUCUACAGUUUGCCCGAGGAGAUCUGGCAAAUAGCGCCAUUGGCUUUACAUUGUCAAUUCAGCGAGAUGCCCGAUCAGGUGUCAGAUGAAAUGCAGGAGGCAUUCAAUGCACUGCUGGAACAGCACUUUGGCGAGGUCUACGAAAUUGUUAGCGAGCUGCAGGAGAACCACAAUGAGCUGCAGACCGUCCAGUUGAGCAUCAACUACAAGGACUUUGCCCAGGAGUUGGCCAGCGCUGUGGCCGGUGUGCAGAAGCCACUGGAAGUGGAGCUGCAUAAUUGUUUUGUGGUGCAGUUCGACGAUGCCAAGUCCUUCUAUGUGCAGAUGGAUCAGGAUGUGCCAGCACUGGAGAAAAUGACCGACAAAAUGCUGGAUGCGGAGCAGAACUUUGAGGUAUUCACUGAGCUGCAGGUGGGCGCCCUUUGCGUGGCCAAAUUUCCCGAGGAUGAGGUGUUCUAUCGUGCCGAAAUUGUCAAGCUACUGGAGGAUGGCAAGUGCGAGGUGCACUUCAUAGAUUUCGGCAACAACACGGUCACCGAUCAGUUCCGUCAACUGCCCGAGGAUCUGGUCAAGGCGCCGCGUUACAGCAAACACUGCGAACUGGAGGCAGCCACGAUUGCCAAGUGCGAUGUGGCCGCAUUGGGGGCGUUCAUUGACACGCACUUCUCGGAGGCAUUCCAGUUGGAGAUUCUGGCCAAAAAGGAUGAGCGCGACACGCACGUGGUGCGUCUCUUCCACCAGAACACGAACAUUAGCGAGAAGCUGCGACUGCAGGAGAAGCCUUAGAGAAUCUUUUGAGUACCCCAAACAAAUCCGUUCAAGAGAAACCGUCACAUGUCAAAUGAGAGGCAUACGAUUAAAGUGAAUGCUAUGAGCAUUUACUCACACACACUCAAACACAAUCCCUUAUACCCCACACACAUACACACACACACACACUCAAGAAUUGUUUGCAAUAUUGAAAUGCAAAAAGAUUGUGAUUAGUUUGGCUAAAAUAACCGUUGUAUUACCUAAUUUAGUUGAACAAGUUAAACUUAUGCGAGAGUGAAAGGAAGAUUGCAACAUCUUUCAAGAAAUUGAGGAAAAGCUCAUAUAAUUUUUUUGCAGCAAAGCUAGAAGCUUCAUUGAUUUUUCAUGGAAAACCAAAAUGAAAGCCUAUCUUUUUUAUAAUUUGUAAUUAAUUAAUCAAAUUAAUUGAAUGAUAAACAAAAUAUGAAACAAAAAAUAAAAAAAAAACGAAUACAUUUAUAAAAACAAAAGAAAAACGAACAAAAAAAAACGAAAAACUACAAAAAAAAACUGCAUCAACAAUCGAAAGAAAUGCAGCAAAAAAAAAAUUUGUGAAAUAUUUUAGAUGCGAAUCUAAACUAACGAA